CUUUGUUCAAUAUACAGAUUUUAUAUUUCGCUGCAUUUCAUCUUUAUCUUUAUAUCUUUUCAUUUUGAGUUUUAUUAUGGCAUCAGAGCCUAGGCUUGCCUAGGGACUCUUUGAUUCUUUCAAAUUUCUUAAUUCUCUGUUUCAUAUUUGACUGUUUCCUCUAAGCUUUAUUUUGUGCUGAAAAUGAAUGAUGCAUCUAGUAAAACUACGGAUGAAAGUUCAUCUAAAACCACCAAGCGUGACAGCUCUCUUGAGCAUGAUGACCCGUAUAGUGCAUACUAUCUUAAUCACACAGACAAUAGUAAUUCUGGAGCAGUCACUACACUCCUUGAUGGAAGGAAUUAUCACACUUGGCACAGAGAUUUUGAAAUAAAUCUUAAACUAAAAAACAAAAUGGGUUUUGUUGAUGGAACUCUUGCUAUGCCAACAAGUGAUGAUCCAAAUUUACAAGCCUGGGUCAAGUGUAAUACACUGGUGACGUGCACUUGUCGUGAGGUGCACUCAAAAUAAAUAAUACAAUACAACACUUAUACGUAGUAUAGCGUAGUAAGGUUCGUAUCCGCAGGGAAAGGAAUACUUCUCUUUUUAUAACUAGUAAUAAGGGGGGGUUUAGAUUUGUUGUUGAAGAACUUUUUAGAAUAUUAAAACACAAAGAUGAACGAGUUAUGUG